UGGACGAAAAUUUGAACAAUAUAGGAUCUUCAAAGAAAGCAAACGUAUAAAGAUGGAAGCUCGGUUGAACAGAAACAUCUCCAUCUCCAUCAAACGAAUCCAACAACCACCCGACAAUGUCUUCUUCCACAUCUUUUGAGCCCAUGCCGGCAACGGCUGCGGCCACUAUUGCCAACUACCAUCUUAGCGGCCCAGAUGCCAAAAUGCACUUUGCUAUAGAGAUUCCCCAAGCAGAACAUCGCAUCAAACUCGUCAACGCUUGGCGCAUCCCGCCAGGCAGCCGCGUCCUCGAAAUCGGAUGCGGACAAGGCACGACCACUGCGGUUUUAGCCGAAGCUGUUGGUCCAACUGGCCAUGUUGAUGCCGUGGAUCCUGGACGGCCAGAUUAUGGAUCGCCCUGGACGCUGGCCCAGGCACAGGAGCAUCUUUCCAAAAGCGCUAUAGGGGAUCGCAUCUCGUGGCACUUUGCCGAUCCGAUCGACUUCCUGGCGGCCAAUGCGGAUAAGACGUGGGACUAUGUCAUCUUUGUCCACUGCAUCUGGUACUUUGACUCGCCUGCCACGCUCACCAAGAUGCUGGGCGCCUUAAAGGGGCGAGCAGCGUCUCUUCUCGUUGCGGAAUAUGCUCUCAAGGCGACGGAAAAGAAUGCUCUGCCGCAUGUUCUCGCCUCGGUGGCACGGGCUACCCUCGAGGCUCACAACAAGGGCAGCCAAGCUAAUAUUCGAUGCCUCUCCAGCCCGGGCGCCAUUACUGAUGCUGCCAAUGAGAAUGCCUGGACUCUUGAUGGGGAGACUUUCCUGGUGCCUGAAGCGGGACUUUUGGAUGGCCACUGGGAGACGGGAACCGUCAAGAGUCCAAACUUUUUGAAGGAAAUUGAAGACAAGGUGGAAGAUCCGAAAGUUAGAGCGCUCUUACGCUCAGCUCGAGAUGGCGUUCUUGGAGUUUUGGAGACGAUGGAGGUGAAGAAGUCGUGGACCAUGGAUGUUUGGGCUGCCACCUUUCACUAGAAAGCAUCUCAUUUUGUUAUGACAAAGGUUAUACGUAUUAUUCCAGCGUACAAAUAAAUUCAAUAGCUAUCGCUGUGAUGUGGAAUACAAAUUAUGCUAUUUA